AUGGAAAGCUUAACGCUGAGUGAUGUCGAGCAGAAAUACUACUCGGAGCUUUUCGUCUACUGCGACACGGACAACACCAAAAAAGUGGCUUCUAAUGGGAGAGUUCUUGACCUUUUCCGGGCGGCCCAGCUCCCCAGUGAAGUUGUCCUGCAGAUCACAGAGUUGUGUGGAGCCACUCGGCUGGGUCACUUCGGACGGAGCCAGUUCUACAUCGCUCUGAAGCUCAUCGCCAUCGCCCAGUCUGGGCUGCCCCUCAGGGUGGAAAGCCUCAAUUCGGUCAAAGAUCUGCCGCUGCCCAGGUUCGUGGUGGGGAAGAAUGAGGCAGAGGCGAAGCACGCUGCCCUGUACCAGGAUGCAGACAGCCAAGGCUUAUACCCGCCGCCCGGAACUGCUUUAAUACCCAGACCGCCGGGCCGGGGUCACCAGAACAAGAAAGGCCCCCCUUCCUCCACUUCACUUCCUGCCCACGAGGUCAUCCAGCCCCUGGCGCCCAGCAUAGAAGCUCAGCCCGAACCGACGUCCCCAGUCAUCUCCCCACACCAGUCUCCACCCACAUCCCCCCACUCUUGGAGAAAGCACAAACGGCAACACAGCGGAGGGAACGCAGACAGGCAACAAGUGGUGGCUGCAACCGGAUCUGUGUGGACGCAGUUCAGAGAACCACAAACAGGGCCAGUGACCGGUGACGGCAUGUGGUCGUCUCACUCGCCCCCUCCUCCUCUUCCCCCAAGCCAGGAAAGCUGGGUCAGUUUCACAGCAGACACCCCGCCCUCCAGCACGCUCCCAGCAAUGCACCCAUCAUCAGUCCAGGAAAGCACAACGAUACGAACCGUGGCCUCGGCUGCAACGACCAAUGAGAUCCAGCGACAGUCCAGCGGCUACGACGAUCCCUGGAAAAUCACAGAUGAGCAGAGACAGUAUUACAUCAACCAGUUCAAAACCAUUCAACCGGACCUCACUGGCUUAAUACCUGGUUCAGCUGCAAAAGAGUUCUUCACUAAAUCAAAGCUACCGAUUUUAGAGUUGUCACAUAUUUGGGAGCUGUCGGACUUCGAUAAAGACGGAGCUCUGACUCUGGACGAGUUCUGCGCGGCCUUUCACCUCGUCGUGGCCAGAAAAAACGGCUACGACCUUCCAGAGAAACUUCCAGAGAGCCUGAUGCCGAAGCUGAUUGACCUGGACGACUCAGCAGAAGUUCCUGAGCCGGCCGCUGAAGUCGGGUAUUCUGCUUCGCCGGUGGAGGUCACCCCCAACAAAUCACCCUCCAUGCCUUCGCUCAACCAGGCCUGGCCAGAGAUGAACCAGAGCAACGAGCAGUGGGAGACGUUUAGUGAGCGCUCCUCCAGCUCACAAACUCUGACCCAAUUUGACUCUAACAUUGCACCAGCUGACCCUGACACGGCCAUCGUCCACCCAGUUCCCAUCCGGAUGACUCCCAGUAAGAUUCACAUGCAGGAGAUGGAGCUGAAGAGGACGGGCAGCGAUCACAAUCAUCCUACUAGUCCGCUACUGGCAAAACCCCCAGAACUGUCCGAAGAAACCAAACUGCCUCCUUCCAUGAAGUUUGUAGCUGCCAACACCGUCGGUGACGGUUACAGCAGCUCCGACUCUUUCACAUCAGAUCAGGAGCCCAUCACCAGGCAAAGGUCGCAGUCGGGUGCGUCUCCAGAGGCGCUGAAGGUCGUAGCGCCGCCCCCUCCGCCUCCUCGCCCCCAGCAGUCCCACUCGCGCUCAUCGUCUUUGGACAUGAAUCGCACCUUCGCUGCCUCAGCGGCACCAGGUCAACCCCAGCCGUCUGCGAUAGCGUUUCCUCCUGCGGUGCCGCCUCGACCGCUGCCCACACAGUCUUCGGUGCCGCUCACUGGGCAUCGUGUGGAGGCAGAGGGUGUCCCUGCAGGGGGCGCUGUUCUCACUACCACCUCCCCGCAGCAGAUUCCUCAGCAGCCCAACUUCGCCGACUUCAGCCAGUUUCAGGCAUUUGCUGCGUCUGAGCAGCCGUCCAGCCUGCCGGACAUCGACAAACACAGCGAGGCGGGACAGGCGGACAAGAUAUCGGAGGGUGCCGGCCCUUUAAGAACAGUAAAAAGUGAUGGCCCAGCAGAUGAGAGGACAUCGGCUACAGUCAACUCUGUCAAAGGUUCCUCAGGCCCUCUGGCUCCUCCACCAAAGCCCGUUCGGCGGCGGUUGAAGUCUGAGGACGAGCUCCGACCCGAAGACGAGCAGAUCGGACCCCAGAAAGCCGCCGCCAUUGCUGCGCCCCUCACCUCUCAGCCCUCCAUCCCCAGAUCGGUUGGAAAGGACAAAAAGGCAAUUCAAGCUUCCAUCAGAAGAAACAAGGAGACAAACACAGUAUUGGCUCGACUUAACAGUGAACUACAGCAACAACUGAAGGAUCUGCUGGAGGAGAGGAUAUCCCUGGAAGUGCAGCUGGAGCAGCUCCGGCCUUUCUCCCACCUCUAGCCGAACACGCGGAGCAGAACUCGGCCGUAACUCGCCGCGUCGCUCUCCUUCCCUCCUCUCCUCUCGCCUUCCGUCGUCAUUUCCCCGGUCAGAGGCCGCCGGCCGUUCCGUUAAACCCUCUCCCUCUACUCUGUCGCACAGUCUUACCAACAAACGGAGAAGAGAGGAGCAGAUUUCACCACCCGGCACUUUUCACAUCUCCCUUUUUGUUUUUUCUGAAGAGGAUGACGGAAAAAAAAACGGCGAAACGUGAAGACGAAACGCCUGGUUUCUCCACCUUCAGAAACAAAUCGUUGUGUUGGUGUGACUGGUUUUCUUUUUGUUCCUCGUAAAGCAGCUUAGCUAGAGACUCGCACCAGUAAGUCCAAAUUGCAGUUGAAAAUUUGGUUGAUCUAAGAAAACGGAAAAAUGUGUUUACUUUUUGAGGGAAAUGGUGGGAAACAAAAAAAAACUAAAAAUCUGCUCAAUAAUGUUUAGAAAUAGUUUAAAAUCUGACCCGUUUUUAUUCUAAAUACGUAACAAAACUUUGACCAAAGAAAAAAUAAAAGUUGAAGUAAGGUUCUGUGGAAACAUCAUAAGCAGUUAAUAUCUUACCGUCAGUCGAUAACUCUCUUGACGUCUUCAUUUAGUAUCAAUCUAGAUUAGCUGCUGGACAGUUUAAAGACCAAAACAACUCUAUUCUAAGAACUAAAAAAUUAAAACUGCUAUUUUUAUUUCCUUUUACCAGUUGUCGGGUUUGUGUUUGACGGUUAUUUACACAGAAAUGGAUUUUACUUCACAAAACAAACCCAUGUUGGAGGUGGUGCGCCACCAAUAGUCUUCCAACCUGAAACACACUCUGAAAAUGCAACAUAUAAUUUAUUACCAGUCAGAAAAACUGUAAAUAAGCUGCAUAAAUAGCUAAAUGUUAUGGCAGUUUGAGUUGAUGCAGCUUUAUUUUAGGUAACGAAUUGAACUGGAAAUGCUUUACACGUUCUGUUCUCGGGGAAGAUGAAAGGUGACGGACUGCCUCCACCAUCAAUUUUCUACUUGCGACAAAUUUAAAGGUUCAGAAAAUAGUUUCUGAUAAAACAUCGAGUUCAGCUCCAACUAAUCUGCAUUUACGCUAAAUAAAGACACAAAGAGAGUCAACUGCAGUCUGUAAAAUAUAAAAUAAUUACACUGUUUUAACUGAACUUCACUUCAAAAAACCCAAAACAAUUAUUUUAAACAUACCUGCUGUAGAUUUAUGCAGAAUUAAAAGAGAAAUGACUGUUUUUAAGUGUUUACCAGCUGCGAUAAAGACUGAAAAUUGGACAGCCCAAAGUUUUUCUUAUUGCUUUUUCAUCAAAUUGACAAAUGUGGGGUAAGCAGCUUUUUAUUUGAUUUACAAGAACCAAAUAAAAAGAUUUCCCAAGUGAGCUCGUUUCUACAACUGCGUCAAUGUAGACGUAACAAAAAGAGUAGUGGAUUUGCACCAACAAAAUCUCAGAAAUUGUCUAGAAAAACAGAAGUUUUAAUUUUGAUAGAAAAAAAAACAUCUGAAAGUUUGAGAUUAAUCUCAGAAUUUUCUUGAAAAAACGUGGAAAUUCCUAAGAUUCAAAAGUCUAAAAUUAACAACUUUUGUAACUCAGAAAUGGACACACUUUUUUUUAAAGAAAAUUUCUGAGAUUGGUAUCAAAACUUUCUAGAAAAUUUUUGACAUUUCAAAAUUUAAGGGUUUUUUUUUCAGCAAAUUUUAUACUUUUCAAACUCCUUUUUAUUUCUUCUACUCUUAUUUUUUUCUAUCUGCAGCAGCGCUGAAAUGCGUGUAAAUUUGAGAGGAAAGCUGCGUUGGUGUCUCAUCCUGUGAUUAUAAUUCAGUCCUUCCUGCUGCUGCCAGUCCACUCUACAUAUAUAGAUCUAUGUGUCGUUUUUCUUUUGUUUUCAAUUUGUUGUGACUGAAUGCUUGAAGACUGAACUGUUGCUCCUUCACUUCUUCUGAUUUGAAGAUGAAAACUGCACAUCCUCCUCUUUUUUUCAUACUUUUUUGUUUUCUAUCUAAAACAUUUCAAGCUGCAGGUUUUUGGGAAGUCAUUUAUUUUAUUUUAUUUUGUUUAUGAAGAAACGCGUUUGCAGAUCUGAUUGGGAGUUGAGUCGUGUCUAAAAUAAAUACGUAAAAUAUAAAUGAGCUGUUUUCCAGUUGGGCGAAGCAGCGCUAUGCAACUACGUGCGAAACAUUUCCACAGAGCGACUUUAGCUGUUUGUUCUCCGGUCGUAGCAGCUGUGUGACCCGGUUCUGUAUCGUAGCUCUUCCAGAACUCCACCUGCUGUAUGUUUGUGGUAUUUGUCUGCCUUUUUCUGUUGGUACUGACGAGCUUCCUCCCUUACUGUGUUCCUCGGCUCCAGAGGAGAAUUUUAUUUUUAUCUGCGAAAUGUGACCUUUCCUGGUGGAGGCCAGUCGGCAAUAUGGGAGACCUGAACGACCAAAAUGCACUUUGAACUCAUCCACUUGUUGCGUCCAUAUUUGAUUUAUUUUCAACCCGAUUCUUCUUGUCUUUUUUUUUUUUUAAACCUGGAAACUUGGAGCGUCCUGAAAUGUGUCAUUUUCUGAAUGUUUUGUAGGUGAAGCAUCGUUCUCUAAAGCCUUACUCGCCCUGAUUGGAUUGGUGUUCAGGUUUCCAUAGAGACUGAUUGAUCUCUGUGUUUUGUUUUGUUUUUUUCCUCCUGCUGUUGUGGAUGAUGGUGUAAUUCUCGUGUGUGUUUGUGCGCGGACAUUGUUUGGAAACCGGAUUAAAAACCUUCCAGGAAUAUUUAAUGUUUGCUCGCACAACGGCUUUCCUCGUUCCACCCAAAAUCAAAAAACAAAAUAAAAAAGGCAAUCCAGACAGGCAGAAGCAAUCAGUCUCAUAUGAAGUCUGUGAACUUUCAGAUGCCAUUUUCUCCCCAGAUCUGUGUUGGAUAUUGUAUAUGAUACACACUUUUGGACUCGUGUAAAUUUGCAUUAAUUGCUGGCUAACAGCGGAAGAAUAUUCUAUUUAAUUCCUUCUCUCUUGGCUGUGGGAUCCUAGAUGUUUAACUGCAUGGAUGUACUGUAUCUCUGCAGAAUUAACUAGCAGCUGUGUGAUUUUUACACAAAAAUAAAAAACGGCACAAUAUUUUAAA